UGCCUAGUAAUAUUGAUCACACAUCACCAAGGAAGCGCAUUUGUAAGUUUAGUCAAUAGACUUAAGUUGCUUAGUAGCAUUUAUAUUUUUACCCUGAUAGUAGUACUCAAUAUGGACGACUUGUUCGAUAAAAAGAAAGACGAAGCCCCAAUUCUUGACUUGUCCAAAGUCGUCAUAAACACUGCAGAGGAAUACAGAGCCGUUCUAGACAAGGUUCCAGAAUUCAAAACUCGACCAGAAAAGGUCAAACCGGAGGACAUAAAAAUAAAAGACAAGCCCGAAGACCAAAAGACCAAAACGCCACGUAAAGAAAUAAGGGAGUAUGAGAAACUCGGCACGCAUGGGUACGAGGAGAAACACUUCACGUUCAUGGACCCCGUGCCAGUGGAAAUGCGGGGAUUAAAGUUUGACGAGCUGUGCGCUGUACCCAUAGAGUGGCGGAUGUUGACCUCUCUCCGACCCAAGUCCAAAGUUGACGAGGAGUAUUUUAACAGACUGGUAGAGUUGGGUAAAUCUGAGCUAAGAACGAAAGCGAGAGACAAGAGGGAGCUGCCUAAGAACAACAUGACGAAGAGGAUGAAAAACCGCGCCGGCGUCACCGAAACUCGCAUCGUCACCUGCCAGGAGUGUGGAGAAGAAUAUUGUAACGGCAAGACGUGCUUCAUAUCGAACUACGAUAUGUUCGUCCGUCUCAAGUUGGAUGUAGAGCCGAAGAGCCGCGCGGCGCCGGCGACCAAGACGCGACGGCUGCGGCGCCGCGCGCGACGCAAACGCAGCAAGAGCGCCGCCACAUACAAACCUAAUACGAGGAAGUCUGGUACGAGGAGUGAUACCGAUAUCUAA